AUGUCUUGGCAGACGUACGUGGACGAGCACCUGAUGUGCGAGAUCGAGGGCCACCACCUCACGUCGGCGGCCAUCGCUGGCCACGACGGCGCCGUGUGGGCUCAGAGCGCCGCGUUCCCCGAGUUCAAGCCCGAGGACAUGACCAACAUCAUGAAGGAUUUCGAUGAGCCGGGGCACCUCGCCCCGACCGGCCUCUUCCUUGGACCCACCAAGUACAUGGUCAUCCAAGGCGAACCCGGCGCCGUCAUUCGUGGCAAGAAGGGAUCAGGAGGCAUCACUGUGAAGAAGACAGGGCAGGCACUCAUCAUUGGCAUCUACGACGAGCCGAUGACUCCCGGGCAGUGCAACAUGGUGGUGGAAAGGCUGGGCGACUACCUGGUUGAGCAGGGAAUGUAG